GAAUGCACACGUAAAUCGACAUUGUAGAAAAUUUCGUGAAUUUUCUUCUUUCUUUUUUUUUCAACGAUUAUCUUUCCUUUCAAUUAUUUUCAAGUGUCGUUAGUGUAUGAAAAAAAAAAAAAAAAAAAAAAAAAAAAAAGAAUGAGUAACGUGCGAGUGAUGAUAUCUUUUAUUUUUUCUAAAAAAUUUUUGAUUUUCAAAAGGAUUAAUACAUCUUUUCGUUUUACAAAUCGAUAUGCCAUUCAAUAGGUUAACGCGUUCGUUCGUUGUUAUUGCGAGAGGAGUUUGAAUUCUGAUUGGCGUUUCUACAAAAUGAAGAACGUGCGAUGAACCAUUGAUUGAUGUAUAAUGAACUGAUAGUGACGAUAUGAAAAUUUUCCGAGAGAAUGAUCAUUGAAGACAAUUCAAGAUUGCAUCAACGUGUAACUAUGUUAUAAUCAAAUGUCCAGGAAAUUUUUAAACGUACUCGAGGAGUUCGGUCGAACUAUGUUAUUUUCUUUUCUUUCUUUUCUUUUUUUUUUUUUUUUUUUUUAUUUUUUUCAUGGCGAAUCUUCAUACAAACAGGGGUGAAAUAUAUGAUCUGGUAUUGCAUAGCAUUUUUCACGACGAAAACUCCAUCGGCAUUAUUUUCCCUACCUUCUUUACUGCCGCUUCAUCCGUUCGUUUAUUAUGGAGAUGUUUCAGAUUCUUGGCACGUUCUUCUCAACAAGCACUCGUGCGUCUUGCAAGUUUACCAUCAAAUUGGAAUCGGCAGGAACACAAAAGAGGAGAAGUAGGUAAAGGAUCGUGUAAGACAGAUAGUGGAGAGUGGUCCUCGUGUUAACGUGGACUCUCUGAAGAGAGGAAAGGAAGAGCUUCUCGAGUACCUCUGUCGUGAAGUAGAGAAACCAUUCGAGUCAGGACAAGAGAGUCUGCCUAAUUUUCGAGUUAUUGUCUUUGGUGCGAGCAACAAAAUCAACAAUGUGAAAGUUAAAGUGAAAGUUAAAGGAAACAUUGAUCCUGCCAUACGAAAUGAAAAAAAGUGAAUUAUUCAUGAAGAAUAGAAAGAAAGAUAGAUAGACGGAAAAGGGAGACAAUUCACACAUUCGUUUAGAACGCGAAAUGGUCAAAAUAUUUUCCACAAGCUGGACGCCAAUAAGGGAACUAACGGAGCAUCAAUAACACGAAUAGCAGAAAAUGAAUAGACGAAUAAACGAAAAGAAUGAGAUAUCGAAUAAGCUUGUUGUUCGGCUAUCAAGGAGAAAAGAAAGAAACGGAACGACGUUUGAGGACGAAGUACGAACUUUGGCAGGAGCGCAAACUCGUUUUGAGGAGAGGACUCGCAGAGGGCGGCGGAGUUGUUUGGGAGGGAGGGAGGAAGAAGCAGAGCCGGCUGGAAGGGCAGGCAGAGGUACGGUGGGGUGGGGAGAUCGUCAGGAUUGGCUUUUCAGGAACGUGAAACUCAGUAGUACGCUACCACCCACGCACGUAGUACGCACGUAGUUCGUUCCACGUGUUUCUCUUCCAUCGAAAGAUCAUAGUCAUAGGUGUAUCGACGUGUUGUCGAUCCGUUGACAUUGUGUAUUCUCGACAGUGUCAAGGGCACGUGAAAGAGAGACAAAGAGAAAGAGAAAGAAAGAAAGGAAAAGAGAAAGAGAGAAAAAUCAGAGAGAGGGAGAGAGAGAGAAAGAGAGAGAGAACGGGCAACCAGUUUGAGAAAAAUCCGUCUACGAAGAAGAAACAAUAGAAAGUUUUAAUUUUAAUAGAAAAAUCAAAGAUUAACAAUUGAAUAAGAAAGAUCGAUCAAACUUAUAAUAAUAGAUUCGAUUAGUUUGAUUAAAUGUAUUUAGAAUCAAUCAAUCGGAUUAGAUUUAUUCAAUUGAUAUUAAAAAGAUAUAGAUUUAUAGGAGAUGUAUUAGAAUCUUGGAUAUUUAUUUUAAUUGUAAAUAUUUAUCAUUAAUGUCGGGCGAGAAUUUGGUGAUUUAACGAAAGAAAAAUAAGAUAAUUCGAUACGGUCAAUCGCGUGAAUUGUCUUUGAUAAGAGAUCGAGGGAAGUUGCGGGAAUAGUUUUUCUACUUUUGUUUUUAUUUUCUUUCAUCUUGUUGGUGGUUGUGCCGAGGAACGGGGAGGGGGCGGGGAAAGGAAGAUAGAGACUAGGAAAGCCGGCGGCAUGUAUCUUAAAUCGUACGGAGAUGGUGCGUCUCGAUAGGAUCGAGAUAAAGGAGAUGAAUCGGGAUACUUCUGGAUCCCGAUACGAGUCCGAAGUAUUCCUUUGUCAUGCCGAAGUUUAAGAUGAAGAUACUACGUUGGAUUGUCGACUCGAAGAACGGCAGUUACGAUCGUCGAUCUAAAAGAAAAAACAUUUGUCGAUCUUAAAGGAUCUUCCGGGGACAACAUCGUGGGAACGAACUUAAUACGUGUUGCUAUUAUCGAUCAAAAUCAAUGUUGUCGGAGUACGUGGACCGUGGGAGUUAGUCGAUGGAGCAUCGUUUUAGGAUGAAACAAUGCGACUGGAAUGACAGAUGCAUAAUGAAAAUAUUCAUGCGUCUGUGUAUUCGUGGAUGCGUAUCACACAAUAAUCAUGUCGAUGACGAACACUCAUGGCGACGAAUUGAGUCCAACUCGACAGCCGAGACAGAGUAGAAUUCAUAGCGUCGGAUUACCAACACGAGCAUCUCUACUUCCGGAGCCACCACCCAACGAAAAUAAUGUGCCACCACCUAUUCCACGUCGCCAUUCAGCCACACCAACGGUAGCACCACCACCAAUACCAUUACGUCCACCGGCAAUACCAAAAAGAUCCAAAAACGAGAAACCAAUUCCAAUUAAAAAGAUUAAUGGUAACAGGCAACAAGAUGAUUCAUCAACGAAUCAACGAAUUAAUAAUGAUCCAACGUCGUCAUCAUCUUUGUCAUCGUCACCGACAACGGCUUGUCAUCUUGGCACUCCUACUUGGAAUCAGACGGUAACGAUCGAUGAGAAAUUGAUAGACCUUGGACCAUUUAGAACGCAUACUCAACCGUCCACCGAGGAUUUCUCUUUGGCUUUUGAAUCGAAGGACGUGGUCAGUACCAAUGAGAACGGUUUCAUUGCUAACUUCGGCAAAGUCAAUUUCCCGGAUGAGGAAAAGCUUGAGAAUCGAAAAUCUAGCUUCGAUGAACUUCGAAAGGCUUCGCGAGAUCUUGAGAAGAACCUUCACGAGAGGACUCUCAAGAACAACGAGACUAAGUUCGAUGAUAUACUAGGUGGUAGAGAAGAGAAUAGACAACGACAAAAUAUCCCUUCUCAAAAUGACAGACAAGAAUACCCAGGAGGAAAGUUCAGAAAAGAAGAGAAAAGCAUUGAGGAUAGCAUAGAGGAGGAAGUAUUGGAGGGAAUAUCCGAAGAAGAAAUGUCUGAGUCUCCUUCUAGAGACACUUUUCAGGAGGAACGAAAGUUCGUAGGACUGGUUAGAUCGUAUAGAGAAGAAGAGAAAAGAUCUAAGUUUGAGGAACUUCAAGCAGCCUCGAAGAAUCUCGAACGACGUCUUCAGAGUAAAAACGAGGAGGAUGAUCAACGUCGUUAUAGGGACAUGGAGAGACGUUUGAACAAAGAUAGGUCAAUAUCUAGAUACGAAGAUAUUUCAAGGGUACCACAAGAAUUAGAAAGACGAAUAUUGUCCGAUCAAAGAUCUAUCGUCGAUCAAUCGACUCGUGGAAAAUAUGAGACCGAUAUGGAAAGGGCCAGGAACAUGUUACAACAUAAUUCGAGAAAGGAAAGAUCUGGUAUCGAGAAAUUAGAAAAAUUACCUAAGGCAACGCAAACGAAUCUACCUCCGCCGCUUAGUAGUACGAUUUGUCAAAAUUACGUGCCAAAACCAAUCAGUGUCAGACAGGAUAGCAACGUUUCAUCCGAUAGUUUUAGUCAAACCAGUUCACCAAGUUACACAAACAAAACUAUGGAAGCACCCUUGCUUCCACAUAAAUAUGGAAAAGUGCCAGAUAGAGCUUUGGUUCAUGAACCUGAAAAUUCAUCGGGUAGGCCAAUAACAAAAUCUACAAGCACACCGGCUAGUCUACAAACGAUCGUUAGAACUCAUGGUAGUAACAGUACAUCUUUGCAUCAUAAGAUAAUCAAGGAUAUGGCUAAUCGUCAUUACGUAACAAGAGGAAGAUUCAAAUAUGUGCAAUUAUUGGCCAAUAUUGUUGCCCUUUUAGCUAUUGUUGCCGGAUUGAAUGCAUAUUAUAAAACGUAUCCUGAAACUGCCAUAAGAUUCGAGAAUAGAACGGAAUAUACGAGAGCCAUUAUGGUGACCGAACCAACGCGUUCAAUAAUACAGGAAGAAGAAGAAGAGAAAAAUCCUGCACCGGGUGUCUGUUUACCGGUGAUAGUCAACUUUUGUCAAUAUCACAAGGUCCCUUACAACUUCACGGUCUUUCCAAAUUUCAUGGGUAACUUCGGUCAACGGGACGCUCAACAAGAAUUGCAAUUAUACAAGUCCGUCGUAGAUGUUAGGUGUUACGAAUUGGCAGCUCUAUUUCUAUGUAGUAUCUUCGUACCGAAGUGUGGAUCUCGUGGUCAUUUGGUCCGACCUUGUCGUAGUCUCUGUUCUGAAACUAAAAGGCGUUGUGGUUUCUUUCUCGAAGUCUUUAGCUUGGCACUACCGGAUUAUCUCGAAUGUGAUCUAUUUCCGGAAAAUGAUAAUCCAGAUGUCUGCGUGGGCCAUUUUGAAGUGAUAGAAACAAACGCGAGAGCUCAGAAACCGGUAUGCACCAGUGGUUUUCAAUGCGACGACAACCGAUGUAUACCAGUUGAUUGGCGAUGCGACGGUCAUCUGGAUUGCGCCGAUCAUAGUGACGAGAUCGGAUGCGGCGAGUGUGGUUCCGUUUCCUUGUCAAAGUUUAAUAAUAGUAACAAAGGAGAUAAAAGGAAAUUUACUCUGUCGAAGAGUACUCAAUCAAAGGCUACUUUACAUUGCGGCGAAAGGAGAUGCAUGUCAGCUAGUCAUAUUUGCGAUGGAGUCAUGGAUUGUCCUUGGGGACAGGACGAACGUUAUUGCUUAAAACUGAGCCAAAAAAAUGGUGACAUUGGUAAAGGACUUCUUGAAGUUUAUCACGCAGAAAUGGGUAAAUUUAUGCCAGCUUGUAUACCACCAAAGAUGCACGUCACCGCCCAAGCUAUUUGUUCCCUUCUAGGCUACACUGUCGCUCUUUCAUCGGAUUUUUCUAACAAAGAUGGUAACUUGACUAUGAUUCAAGCCUUCAAUGAAUCGAAUCAGUAUCGGAGAUUAACACCAAAGCGAAGUUUAUUGAAAAAAUUUCAAGCGUGUGUAAAAGAGGAUGAGGAUUAUCCGACAGUAAAACUCACUUGUUCCGAAUACGCAUGUGGAAGGAGAUUUCCGCUUUAUGGUAAUUCAAAUGUUAAAACAAGAAUCGUCGGUGGCGUAGAAGCUUCACCAGGUGAUUGGCCCUUUUUAGCAGCGCUUUUGGGUGGACCCGAACAAAUUUUUUAUUGCGCUGGUGUACUCAUUUCCGAUCAAUGGGUUUUAACGGCAUCACAUUGCGUCGGAAAAAAAAAUAUUUACAGUCUUUCGGAUGUAUCCGGUUGGACAAUUCAAUUGGGUAUUACCAGAAGACACAGUCAUACAUAUCUUGGUCAGAAAUUAAAGAUCAAAAGGGUUAUUCGUCAUCCUGAUUAUAGUUUAGGUGUCGUUCAUGAUAACGACGUUGCUUUGUGUCAGCUCGAAAAACGUGUUCAAUUUCAUGAACAUUUGAGACCAGUAUGCCUACCUAAUGCUACAACCAAUCUUGCUCCUGCGACACUGUGCACAGUAAUUGGUUGGGGUAAGAAGAACGACACACAGGAAGCUGAAUACGAACCGGCUGUAAAUGAGGUACAAGUUCCUGUUUUAAACAGACAGGUUUGUAAUAUGUGGUUGGCUUACAAGGAAUUGAAUGUAACAGACGGUAUGAUAUGCGCUGGUUAUCCAGAUGGUGGGAAGGAUGCUUGUCAGGGCGAUUCUGGAGGGCCUCUGUUAUGUCAAGACAAAGAUGACAAAGAGAAAUGGUUCGUGGGUGGAAUUGUAAGUUGGGGUAUAGAUUGUGCCCGGCCUAAGUUACCGGGUGUUUAUGCCUAUGUACCAAAAUACGUCCCAUGGAUUCGAAAUGAAAUGGCGAAGUAUUCUGAAAAGGACGAGCUAUAAUGAAAGCACUUCUUUCAGACAUAAUUGAAAUAUUAUUCGAAAAAGGGAAGGUAUUUCUUUUGGAAGAACGUAUCUUAUAAUAUAGGUCCUUUAAAACAGUUCAGGAAAAACAAAUGGAGAAAUAUUAAAUAUAUAUCUUGGAAUAGCAAGAUAAUAAUGAGACAAUAAUCAUGGGGGGGGGGAAAAAAAAAAAAGAAAAAAAAAUAUUUAUAUACCCGGAGUUUGAAUUGUAAACAAAUAUUUUCUGCAAAUUUUAACGACCCCUUUCUAAUUAAUAUAUGGUCGUUAAUAUUUUAACGUUAAUUAAUUCUGGAGAGAAAAAAAAAAUUACGGGACGUCGUUUUUUUUUUUUUUUUUUUUUUUUUUUUUAAUUAAAUCAUACGCCUAAAAAGGAUUUACAAAAAUUCAAAGUGAAUAUAUUUUACACGUUAUAUCAAGAUUAGAAUACUGCUGCUUUUUUUUUUUUCUUUUUUUUUUUUUUUUUUUUUUUUAUGUUUCGAAGCAUUAACGUAAAACCUAUACGACAAUCGUUUUCGAGCUUCUUUCCUACAGGAUAUUUUCAUAAACUAUAAUAUUGAAGGAAUUGUGGACUAUGUUUUAAUAAAAAAAAUCCUGUUCAAUUUGUAGAUUUCUCUCUUUGUGGAGUCACAGUGUAUCCAUUUUUUACAGACGUUUUAAGAUUGUUAUACGAGAUAUUGUCCGUAAUUUAAGGGGGGUAUAAAAGUUAUGGGAAAUAGAAAUUAGAAUUGUGCAAAUGAAUACGUCUGAUUUAAUUGGAUGCUAGUGAUGAUGAUGAUGAUGAUGACGAUGAUGAUGAUAAUUAUAAUGAUAAUGAUAAUGAUAAUAAUGAUGAUGAUGAUGAUGAGAAGACUAUGAUUUUGAGAAUGGGGAAGAGUGUUCCUCGAAACUAGAGUGUCGUUUAAGAGAGAGAGAGAGAGAGAGAGAGAGAGAGAGAGAGAGAGAGAGAGAGAGAGAGAGAGAAAGAAAAGAAAGAAAUGGCAAUUUUAGAUUACAAAGAAAAAAAAACGAAAAAAAAAAGAAAAAAAAAAAGAAAAAGGAAAAAAAAAGCAAACAUUUCAAUUAGUGCGAAGAAAAAUGAAAUAAUUGGAAACAUAGUAGUGUUUAUAGAUUUUCUCGUAUAGUGAAACUAUAUUAAGCUUAUUGCGUGAAUGCGAUUGACCCUUCUCCCAUAAAGUUGAAGUUCAGAUAAUGAGAGUAAAACGCGUUGCCAUUUUUUUAGAAAAAAAAAAAAAAAAAAGAAAAAAAAAAUCAAUAUGAUAUAUAAAAGUUUAAUCGAUGCGUAAAAAUGUACCUUUGGUAUUGAGAAAUGAGAUUAGUAAGAUUAAUGAAGAAAAUUAAAAAUAUAUUCGCGCAUCUAAUGCGCCUAAAAAGAUUUUUUAACGCUAUCACCAACUUUUAACGUGCCAGGUGUAUUAUAGACCACCAAGUGGUCAAAAUCAAUCCUUUAUAGAAUGCGCGUGUGUGCGCGCGUGCGCGCCCGAGCGCGCGCGCUUUUAAAGGGACGUCAAUAUUUAUUUGAUAUUUUUCUUCUAUUUUUUUUAAAUAUUUUUUCUUUUUUUGUAUAUGUAUAUUUAUAUAUAUACAUAUACAUAUAUUUUUGUUAUUUUUUUUUUAUUUGUUUAUUUUUUUUUUUUUUUUUUUUUUUUAUUAAAACAUUGUCAAUGAUCAUUCUUUUCAACGAAGAUUGACAAACGUAAUCGAUUAUUAAAGAAGAAAGAUUGGAAAAAAUUGAUAAUGACUACCUGUGUGUGUAUGUGUGUGCGUGUGUGUGUGUAUGUGUGUGUGUGUGUGUGACAUAAAAGAAAAAAAGAAAAAGAAAAAAAACUGUACUUUUAUAUAAAAGUAUUUUUAAUGGUUAACACACAAUGCAAGUAGAGUAUCUAUCGUAUAAUUGCAUAAAAUGCAGCAUAGUAUUAAAAAAAAAGGAAAAAAAAAAAAAAAAAAAAUUAAAAAAAUUAAAAAAAUUAAAAAAGGCAUAAUAUUAAAUGAGUUUAAGAUUUAAUUGAUACGAAUGGACGUUUCGUGUGACAAUGAGAUAUCAACGAGGAAUCUAUGAAAGCAUAUAUAUGUACAUACUCGUAGAUAUUUAUCAAAUAUGCAGUAAUAUCAUAUAUAAUUUAGAUUUCAUAUUAAGCAAGAUAUCUUCAAAAUUUUUUAUACAUUCGUUUUAUCAGACAUGCAUAGAAGAUAUAAAAGAAGGGAUUUCAUUUGAAUUUAUAUAUUCAGAAUUUUUUUAUAUAUUUAUUUAUUUAAAAAAAUUAUUAUAUAUAAUGUUAAAUGUAUUAUAUAUAUAACAAAUAUUCAUAACAGCGAAACUUGCAUUAAAUCUUAAAUCAUAAAUUUAUUAAUCAUAUUUAUUUCUCUGAAAUAUAUUAAAGAGAAAGAAAUGGGUGGGAGAGAGUCAGAAUUUUUCUUACAAUUGUUUAAAGAAACAAAUUUUUAAAACAGUAGGUACUUGUUAUAAAUUUUAUUCCAGAGUUUUCUUCCCAGUUGGAAUCACAUUAUAUGUAUGAUGCAUUAACAAUACUAAUAACAUCAUAUAUAUGUUUCUAUAAUGUUGUGUAUAACACAACUAUUGAAAUAUACUUGUGAAGAUAAUAAUUAGGAAAAAAAAAAAAAAUAGUUAAAUACGUAUACUCAGCUUUUCAAAUCGUAUAUACAUUUUAUGCAGUUGUUUAGUAUUAGGAUAAGAAUAAUGUUGACUGAAUUCUAGGGACAAUAAUUUGCACCCAGCACUUUUUUGAUCUGCACCAUAAAGAAAAUAGUUUUUAAACGAAUAUACUUUAUGAUAUAUUAUUUAUUGAAAGUAGAGCAUAAUGAAUUAUGAGACUUAGAUUUUUUCUAAGUAUAUAAACAAAAAAAAAAAGAAAAAAACCAAAGAAAAAUGAUAGUAUUGUUGGUUGCUAUAUAACUUGAUUAUAAUUUGUAAUUUUUUUUUUUUUUUUUUCAAUUUACAUACUUCUUACAAUCAUUGACAAAUUUUGAAUAAUGUCAUUACAAUAAACUUUUUAUAGUAACAGCAGAAGCUUCCUAUUUUAUAAUAUUUUUCAUUCGAUAAUAAUCUGAAUGAAGGAAUUUGCUGAUAAUAAUAGAAAACAUUUGACAAUAAUGAUCUUCCUUAGUAUCCAGACAACGCUUAGUGUUAAAUUAAGAAAUGAAUAUAAUAAUAAUAAUAACCGACAAUACUGUGUGAACAGACAAUAAAUACAAUUAGGGAUGUUCUUAUAUGGACAAUAAAUUAUUAAUUAAGGUUGAUAUAUAUAUAAUGCUUAAUAUAAGAUUUGCAUGUGAUCAGCAAGUAGUCAUUGUCAUUACUAUAAUAGUAUAUUCGUUAAAACUAUUAGUAUAAAAGCAUUCUUUAUGUGCAACAGAUAAACAUAACGUCUGUUGAAUAUUGAAUAAGCUUUAGAUUGUUAUUAUGUAUAAGAAAAAGAAAACAUCUUUUUCUAAUGUAACGUUAAUUAAUAUUCAUCCAUACUAUUGUGUGGAUUAAGUUAUAUUUGAAAAUUUUAUUUUCUUCUGAGUUAUUACACGUUUAACUUAUUUUAAAAAAUUUUGGUACGAACAAUCGUUCAUUAAAAAAUAAGUAAAUAUUUAAUCUCAAUUAGAUGCAAUAUUACUUUUGCAUGUAGGCUGAUAAAUAAAUAUGGUAGAUUAAUUUAGUCGAAAAUUAAUAAUAAGAUAUUGGAUAAUUUAUAAGGAUAUGCUUAAUCAAAUACAAAUAUAAAAUAAUGAUAAUUAUAUGACAAUAUUACGGUAAAUGUUACUGCAAGCAUGUACUAUAUCAUAAAAAAAAGAAAAUGUAAAUUAUUUAUAUAAAAAGAUUUUAUUUCUUUCAUAUUUCCAAAUUGGAAUAGACAAGACAUGCAAUUAUAAAAUUUUUGUUAAUCUUUUUGUAAUUAGACUCGAUAUAUUUUUUUACAUAAUGCCUUGAAAGAAAAAAGACAAUUCUAGUGACAUAUUAAAAAAAAAAAAGGAAAAAAAAAGAGAUUAAUUAAUAUAGUGCCGUGAAUAGAAAUUUUCAAUGAUAUUGAAAAAUUCUGACUAAACAUCAUUAUAACCAAGGCAAAUUAUUGAAAGAAACUUUAUCACAUAUUUUAAUUAAACAAUAGUAUAUUUUUGCAAAAGAGAUAGAUCAAAUAAUAUUCAAAUUAACAAUAUUAUUCCUCAUAACAACUUUAUAUUAUUGAAAUGAUUUUGAGAAAAAAAAAUUUUUCUACUUCAAAAAAUACAUAAGUCAAUGCCUGUAGUCAAUAUACUAUUUUAAAAAAGCCAUAGCUGUGAAUAAGUAAAUUCUAAUAGUAGUAAAUAUAAUAGUAACAUACAUAGCAUAUAUAAGUUGGAUAAACAAAUUUUUGACUCAACAUUGCACUUAAUUAACAAAUGUAAUGUAUUUUUCUCUACUUUCUUUCUUUUUUUUUUCUUUUUUUUUUCUUUUUUUUUUUUUUUAAUAUUUUUAGGAAGUAUCAGAACAUUAUAUAUAUAAAUAUAUGAUCUCGCUAACUGUCAUAUAACAUGCACAUCCUUGUUAUUGUAUUAGAAAUUAAUAAUUACGAAUAUAAGAGUUUAUAUAAGUGUUAUAAAAAGUUACUUUAAAGAAUGUGAAAAAAUGGCGCGCACAAAAGUACAGGUAUUUCUAUAAGAAGAAAUUCUUCUCAAAGAAUACAAUAAAAAAUGCGUAACUACUCCUGUGAAGUCAAUGUUAAAUAGAAUUAUAUACAUACAUACAUAUAUAUAUAUAUAGUUAAUUGUACCUUAAUUAUAUAUUAAAACUAACUAAAUCAUAGUGUAAAUAAGAUAUAAUCUAUAUUAGAAAAUGUUCUUAGAUAAAAGAUGAUAUCUUUAUAGAAUUCAUUUUUACAAAAAAAGAGGUUUCUUCUUUUUUCUUUUUUUUUUUUUUUGAAUGCUUUUAAUGAUUCCAAAACUUAUAUAUUGAAUUUUCCAACAAAACAAUUCUUAUAUCUUAUUCUUGUUAAAUUAUUAGUGGAUACAUACUUAUAUUUGUGUAAAAACGUACACAGUUAUUGAAGUAUAUAUUUACUUAAGAAAAAGUCAACGAUAUACUAUAAAAAUCAAUCAAAUAUAAAAAAAAAAUAUACUUUAAAAGAAUUAUACGCAAGAUUGAAUAACAUUUGAGUUUGUAAUAUUUAAGUAAAUAUAUAAUUUAAUUUUAUUUUUGUUCAAGAGAUAUCUCAUGAAUUAACAGUACAUACUUGAUAAUAAUCAAUGUUAAGUACAUAGAUAAUAUAAUAGUUUAAUAUGGCAAUGAGAAGGAUAAUUUUAUAAAGUUGAAUCUUGAUAAAAUCUUACAAAAUUAUCCUUCGAUUUUUGCAUUUGAAAGAGAGAGAAAGAAAGAGAAACUCUAACUUGAAUUUGACAAAUGAUAUUAUAAUGAUAUAAGUUAAUGUUGAAAGUAAGAUGAAAACUUCGCUUUUCUUUAGAAUAGUUUUCAAGAAACGUAGCUCGAAUAUUUUGAAUGUGAUUGCUUUUGUGCUCUGCGCACAAGUCCUAACUGUACAAUUAGUGAUUGAUAUAUAUAUAUAUAUAAAACAGCAUAUUAUUAUAUAUAUACAUGACGACAUACAGUGCUGCAAUGUAGAACUAUAAUAUUAACGAUCGGAAUAUUAUCUGUAUUGAAGAAAAGAAUACGUAACAAUGAUGAAAAAAAUAAUGUUUGAAUGUUGAAUAUGUAACUUUGACUAUAAUAUAGAUAUAUACAUACAAACAUGUAAUAUACAUACAUAUAUACAUACAUACAUACAUACAUACAUCAUAUAUACAUACAUACAUACAUACAUAUAUCAUAUAUACAUACAUAUAUACAUAUAUACAUGCAUAUAUACACAUACAUAUACAUGCAUACACAUUCACAAGUUAUGUGUCGCUGUGAUUGAUACAUAGUCUUACAAUUAGAUAGUGUUGUAUCGUUAGAUCCGUAAUUAAGAUUAAAUGAAAUAAGAGCAGUCGCAGAUGUCAAUCGUCUUUAAUGAAUGUUGUGUAUGUAAUAAGUCGUUGUAUUCAACGAUAACAAAA